AUGGCCGCUCAAAGCUACUACAACGGCGCGUACAACAGCCCUCCUGCAUACGAACAACACGAUCACACCUCAGAUCAAUUCAACAGAGUAUCACCACGACCGAGCCCGAGUCCAGUGGCAUACAACAACGCUCCUUACUACCAGUCGGACGACCCCCACGAUCCUAAUAGCCUUCGUUACAGCCAACAGUCCAUCGGUUCGGAUAAUGGUGCAUAUGUUGCUGGAGGGAGAAUAAACGAGCACGACCAAUACGCAGAGAACAUACCUCUCAAAUCAGCGAAUCCCUACGGCAACGACCAUCCUCCCCAGCCUUGGAUGCAGCAACCAACCCACUAUGCGCCAGAUCCUGGCAUGAUGGAACCGCAAGUCCCUAUGCGGCAGAAGAAGAAAGGGUUCUUCCAGAAGAAAAUUGCUUACGUUACAUACAUCUUAACUAUAGCCCAGAUCAUAGUCUUUAUUGUCGAAUUGGUGAAGAUGGGCCAACUUACCGGAAGCCCGAUACAAACGAAGCCCCAGUUCAAUCCGAUGGUUGGUCCGUCCGCAUACGUUCAGAUCAACAUGGGUGCGAGAUAUACACCUUGCAUGAAAAAUGUUCCCGGAGUGCAGAACGCUACCCAACAAGUGCUCUUUCCCUGCCCGAAUGCUACGACCACAGAUUCAGAUUGUUCCCUAUCCGAGCUGUGCGGAUUCGACGGGGUGCCAAACCCACAUCCUGGCGGCUCACUUGACGAUAAGCCCGCACCCGACCAGUGGUUUCGCUUCAUAAUUCCCAUGUUCCUCCACAGCGGGUUUGUUCAUAUCGGCUUCAACUUGCUCGUCCAGAUGACUAUGGGGGCCGAUAUGGAGCGAAUGAUUGGUUGGUGGCGGUAUGGAUUGGUUUACCUGUCCAGUGGAAUCUGGGGUUUUGUUCUUGGAGGUAACUAUGCUGGGCAAGGUGAAGCGUCCUGUGGAUGCUCCGGUGCACUGUUUGGCAUUCUCGCGCUGUUCGUCUUGGACCUUCUUUACGGAUGGAAUGACCGCCAGAACCCUUGGGUUGAGCUUAUCAUUAUGGUUCUUGGCAUUGCCGUCUCGUUUGUGCUAGGCCUCCUGCCGGGUUUGGAUAACUUUUCUCAUCUUGGCGGUUUUACAAUGGGCCUUGCGCUCGGACUUUGCGUCAUGAGGUCUCCUAAUGCUCUACGUGAGCGCAUUGGGCUCGCUCGCAGUCCGUACGUCGCCAUGAGCGGCGGUGUUGCUGCAGAAAACGCCGAUCCGGACCAGAACAAGACGUCAACUGGUUCCAACAUAGGCGGCCUUGGAAAGUUUAACCCCAAAGGAUUCUUCGCCGGCCGGAAGCCCUUAUGGUGGGCUUGGUGGCUUGUUCGAUUAGGCGCUUUGGUCGCUGUCCUUAUUGGGUUCAUCCUUCUUAUUGUGAACUUUUAUAAGUACCCAAGCUCGAACUGUUCUUGGUGUUACAGGUUCAGCUGUCUGCCCGUUAACGGCUGGUGUGACCAGGGCAACCUGUUUUCGAGAUAGGCAUUUGCUCUUCCGUCUCUUUAUACCUGGCCGUGUUCCUGAUCGUAUCCCCCUCGGCAUCGAUCAUAAUCUAAAUUCUAUAAAUAUGAGUACCUCGAUUCAGUAUCAUUAUUUUCUGCAUGAUACCUCUAUAUUUUGGGCGUUUGAAGGGUCAAUUACGUUCUUGGGUUUGGUAGUUCAUUGGAGCAGCGAAUUCCCAUUUCUUCAUAUAACUGCGAAAUAACAUAGCCCGGCUUAUUCUGGGACCAUGCGAAUGCAUAUGACGGA